CAUCUGCUGCUGCCCUGGGAGCCAAAGCCAAUGACUUACUGCAGCAGCGCGUAUCCUGAACUCGCAGGAGUGCUCAUCAUCCUGCCGUUGUGGCCUUAAAGACAGUGACAGUUAUUGUUGAGAGGCUAACACGCUGAGCUAAUUAUCCAAAAAUGUGGUUAGACGGGUCGUCUUACACCACAAAUGCUCUGAAUGCUUGCUAAAAGUGCACAUAUUGGUGGAAUAAACCACAGCUGUGACUGGGAGAAACAAAUGACACAAAUUAUUUUUAGUUUUUAAAGGAAUUAAACAUUGAUAAAAUGAAUAUUCUGUCAUCAUUGCAGUGUUGUUUGAGUAAAUGACAGGACAAUCGCAUUAACCGUCAUCGUACUGAUUGACCUUGUCCAGUCUGAUUGUUCUGGGAAAAUAACAGAUAUUGAUCAGUCCUGUGUUUGUAAGGCCACUGCUGAAGUGACCGCAGAAGUGAAUUCUGUUUGCACCAUUCAAUUAUUAUUUUCAUGUUUAUCGAUGUGAAGUGAAAUUUCAUAAAGCAUUGCCGAAAUAAAUGUGACUUGAUUGAGAUGGACCUCCUGAUCUCCAUAUAAAGUCUGGUCAUUUUAAAAGUUUAAAGCCUGAAGGAUUCUGUAUCCAUCCUCAAAAUAUCCUUUAAACAGGUGAUACACAAGUUAGUUGUUUUGAGCAUUAAAAUGUUCAUUGUUUAGCAGCUGGAGCUGAUAGAGCACAUGUUCUGAGAGCGUGACUAACGGUGUGUGUUCAUGGAUCAGACGCUCAAUAUAAAGCAAACUGGUGUUGAGCGGCUGGUUUACGACGUCACAGCGAGUCUUGUGUCCUGUGAUUCUGUGUGAAUGUGGUUCUAGUCAUUUCGGGAGUUCGUGUUGGAGCAGUUUGACCUGCUGAUGGAAUGUGUGUCUGGUCACAGCCCCGCCCACUCCACGGUCUGAUCCAAUCAGAGCAUGCUGAGGUCAGAGUUCAGGUGCGGCGCUGUGGGUGUGUGCAGGUAGAGCCGCAUUCCUGCCAUGGCUCAGCUGAGACUCGGGGAAUAUUCUGAAUGCUUUGGUGUGAAUCACACGCGUGUCAUCAUUCUCAGGUUAUUUUUUCUGAUCAGGUCGGCGGAUGAAGAUGUCAUCAGCAGGGAGGCGGCAGGUCACUCUGGCCGAGGACCGAAACACCUGCGCAUUCAGAUGAUUUUUGAGGGAGCAGCCGAUCUUCACCACCAGAGCUCAUGUCUUCCAGAUCGAUCCCAGCACUAAGAAGAACUGGGUUCCCGCCAGUAAACAGGCCGUUACCGUCUCGUACUUCUACGACAGCACACGCAACAGCUACCGCAUCAUCAGCGUGGACGGGUCAAAGGUGAUCAUCAACAGCACAAUCACCCCCAAUAUGAACUUUACUAAAACAUCGCAGAAGUUUGGCCAGUGGGCCGACAGUCGUGCAAACACAGUGUUUGGACUCGGCUUCGCCUCCGAACAACAGCUGUCCAAGUUCGCUGAGAAGUUCCUGGAAGUCAAAGAAGCUGCAAAACUAGCCAGAGAAAAAUCUCAGGAGAAGAUGGAGACAUCCAGUGAUCAGUCGCAGGAAUCUGGGCGUGAAACUCCGUCAGGCAAUCAAGCGUCCAGCCUCAACGGAACGGAUGAUGAGAAGAUCUCACACGUGCCGGACGACACCGCACUGAAGACUGAGAACGACCGGCUGAAGUCUGUGGUGGAGCAGAGUAAGAAGCUGGAGACGGAGCUGCAGGUGCUGAAGGACCGCAACGCUCAGCUGACGGACACGCUGCACGAGGCUAACAGCAACGCCGAGAGCUGGAGGAGUAAAGUGACGCAGAGCCAGGGCGAGAACAACCAGCUGAGGCACAAGAUCUCGGAGCUGGAGGAUCAGUGUAAGGAGGUGAAUCUGGAGAGAGAGAGAAAUGCUCAGCUGAGUCUCAGAAUUCAAGAGCUGGAAGCAGAUCUGCAGGAAAAAGAACAGGAGCUCGAGGACCUGCGCAAACAGGCAGAAACCAUCCCGCAGCUCAUGUCCAAAUGUGAAAGCAUCACGGCCAAACUACAGGCUGCAGAAACGGCCAACAGAGACCUGAGCGAGAAGAUGACGCUCCUGCAGAGCGAGAUCGACGACAGUCAGCAGAACCAGAAGAACAUGAAGAGCGAGCUCAAGAAGUUCAUGGACGCUCUGGACGGGAAGAUUGAUGAGCUCCAUGAAGUUCGGCAGAGCAUUUCUAAACUAGGCGUCGAUAACUGAACACACUCUCUCUCUCUCUCUCUCUCUCUCUCUCUCUCUCUCUGUCUGUUUCUCUCUCUUUCUCUCUCUCUCUCUCUCUCUCUCUCUCUGUCUCUCUCACACACACACUCUCUCUCUCUGUCUGUUUCUCUCUCUGUCUCUCUCUCUCUCUCUCUCUCUCUCUCUCUCUGUUUGUCUCACUCCUCCUGUCGUGUGUGUGUGUGUGUGUGUUUGUGAUCUUCUGACUGCUGGUUAAGGGCUACUGAUGGUCAGUGAGCCGCCCCCCCCCCCUCGCUCUCUCACACACACACACACACACACACACACACACACGGACUGAAGGGUGUAUUUAUCCGCUGCAGAUCUCAGGGCCCUUUGGAAUCGCUGAUAUGCACAAACACACGUGAACUGCAGAAUCACUAAGUGCCUGAAGGUGGCGCUCUCUCUCUCUCUCCGCCUUCCCUAAUGAACUCAUCUGAUGAUGGAAUGAGAAACGUUCUGUUUAACGCGAGGCGUCGAGCGGCUCCUCAUGCAAUACCCGCCUCAGGCAGCAGGACGCACUUCUCUUCUUCUGCUGAUUUGUUUGUAUUUUUUAAAAGUUUUCAAGAUGCAGUUGCUUUCAGAUUGUUCUUAUUCUGAUCGAUGAAAAUAUGAGCCAAAUAUCUGCUGUGAUGAAGACAGUGUUCUUGUUCGGUGCAGAUGUGUGUGUCAUGCUCAGCAGUGUUUGUGAUGUGCUCCUCCACUCUGUGUGUGUGUGUGUGUGUGUGUGUGUGACAUUCGGGUGAUGUGAUAAUUUACACAUGUUCUUUAUUUAGAAUAAUCUCUGCCUUUCCUGAGUCUGUGAUCGGAGCGCUUGAGCUUCCAAACUCUCUCCUCAGUUCCUCUCAGUUGUUGUUAUUUUCUUGAUGCUGUUUGAAUGUCGUGGCAGGCGUAUUAGAGAACGUUUAAUGUGUGCGAGUGUCUUUAACACACCUUACUGGAAACUUGAGCCUUUUUCCCCUCAUUCUGGAAAAAAAAAUACUUUUGUUGAUCAAAAUUGUAAAAUAAAUAAUUGUGGAAAUCUAGUUUAUGAAGUAGA